AUGGGAACGAAGGGACUAUUUAAGAUUUUCAGACCAAAGCAAAAGGUGUUUUAUGAUCUGCCAGAGGCGAUGACGGCUAACCUGGUAAUCAUGGCCAGCCAGUUAAAGCUGGUGACGGAGGAAACAACGGAAGCAGCGCUUACAUUAAGCAUGGAUACCAUUGCCCGGCUGGAGCAACAAAACAGUGAUCUGUCGCGCCGCAUUUUUACAGAACUGGGCGCCAAUUUCAUCACACCUUUCGACCGUGAAGACAUCUACCAUCUGGCCAGUGUGCUCAAGGAAAUAACCAGCUAUAUAUACGGUUGCAGCAAGCGGAUCCGCAAGUAUGGUUUUGUACAAACGAUCAAUGGCUAUAGCCUGAUGUCCGGCCUUAUUGUUGAAAGCUGUACCCAUCUGCACCAGGCGGUAACCGGGCUUAGAAAGUUCAACCACCAGGCACCUAUUACCAAUGCACUUCAAACCAUCCGGAAAAUAGAACGGCAGGCAGACGAUAUGUAUUAUGAGUAUAUUGAAGACCUCUUCACCAAAGGCCUUCCAACCAAUGAGCUGAUCAAAGCGGCGGAGAUCUACCAGCAACUCGAAGACAUUACCGACAAGUGUUACGAUGCCAGCAAAAAGAUUAAGGUCAUACUGGUAAAGACGGCGUAA